AUGUUUGAAAAACUGGAUAUAAACGACGAAGAUAUGGGAGAGAAGAGAAAGGAAGUAGAAAAAGAAGAUUAUAUAGAAGAGGACGAGUUUAUCAAAGCUUUCUUGCCAGAAAACUUGAAUAUCUACAUUCAUAGAGCAUAUGUUAGUGGGAAUACUGAGGAAUGCAAAAUGAUGAUCAUGGUAUGGUUUUAUUAGCUUUUUUUGAAUUUUAGGCUUGUCAUAAACCUAAAACGCAAUUUUUUUAAUUUUAGACUUAUCUUAGGCUAAAAAUACAUUUUUUUUGUAAUAUUAAGUUUAUUUAGGCUAAAAAAUAAUUUUUGUCAUUUUUUAGUUAAAAAUUCAGAUUUUUUUUUAUUUUUAAAAUUAAAAAAAAAAUUUUAAUUUUAAAAAUUUUGAAAAAUUGCCAUUUUUAAAAAUAGGUCAGCAUAAAAAAACAUUUUUUCAAUGUUUUUAUUCUUAAUUUACUUAUAGGACCUCUUAGCCAGAAGCAGCCCCAGUAUAUGUGAGUAUGCUUUGCUGGUACGAGCCUUGAUAGCAAGAGAAGAAGGCAAGAUCAAAGAAUCAUUGGAAUGGCUUCAGAAAGUGGCUGAAUAUAAUCCAAAUUCUGUGAAGUGAGUUUCGGCUUGAACUUGAAUUUUUAAGAUAGGGCUCUGGGCACGGGUUUCGGGAAUAAGGUUCGGGGCUAAGACUCUGGGUUAGGGCUCUGGGCUAAGGCUAGGUCUGGAAUUGUGGGCUAGGGUUCUGGGCUAGGGCUCUGAAGCAAGGACUGAGGGUUAGGGCUAGGGCUUAAGGAUAUGGGUUAGGGUCUCAUGCUAAGGCUCUUGUGCUAAGGCUCUCGGGCUAGGGCUGUGAGCUAGGGCUCUAAGGUUUGGCUUUGAGAUAGAACUCUAGAAUAGGGCUCUGGGCUAAGGCUCUAGACUAGGGCUCUUGAGCUGAAGCUAAGGUUGAUUUUUUAUAUGAAUGAUCAUUUUACAGACUAGUCUACGAGCUAGGCCGAAGUUACCUACUACUUGGAGACCAUGAGAGAGCGAUAAUGGCAUUUGACAAAGGAAUUCGGCUGGAUCCAAAUGAUUGGGUAUGAAACAUUACUUUUUUAACUUAGCUAUCCAUUGUCUUAGUCAUAUAAGCAUAAUUUUUUUUCAGAAGUUUUACUAUUGGAAAGCCACAUGCCUAUACUAUUCUACUACGAAUGUCCGAGAGGCCAUAGGCAAGGUAAGCAGUACAGCUACAGUAUGAGAAAGAUAAGUACAGUAGCAAAAUCUAAAAAUUUGUAAAAAAUAUAACAUUUUUUAUCAUUGCUGAUAAUUUUUUUAAAUAAAUUUUUUUUUAUGUUUUAGGCCCAAGAAUGCCUGACUCAGUACCCAAGAGCGAAUAAGAACGUUGAUAUGUUAACAUUGAUGGCCAAGAUAUGUAUUCAAAAGAACGACUUGAUUCCAGCUAUUGAAGCAUACAAAAUUGCACAUGAUGUAGGUUUUUUAUGCAGGAAUUUUUUUUACAAAACAUGAAAUGGCAAGAACUUUCUUUACAAAUCAAAAAAUGGCAAGAACUUUCUUUACAAAACAAAAUAUAACAAGAACUUUCUUUACAAAACAUAAAAUAGCAAAAACUUUCUUUAAAAACCAAAAAGUGGCCUUUUCUAUGUAUUCGUCGUAUAACUUGUCACCUAAACCCUUCAAAAUGCUUCUAUCAGGUUGUUCAAAUAAAUCUGUGCCCCAAAAUCUUGAAAAUUAGUUUUGAGAAAGAGCACAGAAUUAAAUGAACGACAUAACAGCAAGCCUUAUAAUGACAAUGACUUAAAUACUUUAAAAUGUCAUUACAAACCUUAAAAUGCCACUAUAUAUGACAUUUUUAGUUAGAACCAGACAAUCUCGAGAUCAUUUCUCAUCUCGGCCUGAUCUACCUAAAAACUGGCAAUGAAGACAAAGCCUUCUCUCAUCUAGGCAAGGCUCUAACUUACGACCAAAAUCAUCUGCCGAGCCUUAUCGCGGCUGCUGCGAUUCUACAAAACAAUGCUGAUUUUGAUGUGGCACUUACCAAGUAUCGGUAUGUUUAAAUUUUAAAUUUUAUUUUUUAAUUUUCAAAUUGAAAAACAAAAAAUUUGAAUAUUUGUCGAUUUUGGGGCAGAUAGAGGUGCGGUAAAGUUACUGUAACUUUAAUAGUAGGUUAAAUUGUAAAGUUGUUGUUGGUGUUAUAGAUGAGUAAGUCAAUAAACUACUUUGUCAAUAAUUUUUUAAACACUAGUCGUUACUGUAACAUAAGUUAUGUCAAAAACAGAUUCACACAUCAGAGUAGAGGAAAGGGUAAAGUAAAGCUACUGUAACUUUUGUCAUACUGUAACUUGUAAUCUUGUUGUUUUUGGCAUAGAUGACCAAGUCAAUAAUUUACCUUGUUGCCAAUUUUUUAGUCUUAAACUCUUUUAUAACAUAAGGUAUGACAAAAACAAAUUCACACUUCAUAGUGAAGGAAGGGGUAAAGUAAAGCUACUGUAACUUUUAAUAUACUGUAUUGUUUUACAUUUUUGUUUUUGGCGUAAGUGAUCAAAACCUUAGCCUAUCUUGUCACCAAUUUUGAAGUACCAAACUUCAUUAUAACAUAAGUUAUGACAAAAGCAAACCCACAUUUCAGAGUAGCGACAGCCGCUUGCGACCACAACGGAGCCAUCUGGAGCAACAUUGGAAUGUGUUUUCAAGGCAAAGGGAAACUUGUUGCAGCAAUUAGUUGCCUAAAACGAGCAAACUACUUGAAUCCGCUGGACUGGAAGAUUUUGUUCAAUUUAAGUUUGGCAUAUUUCAGUAUGUUGCAGCAUUCAACGGCUUAUCACUUCAUGUCGGCCGCUUUGAACUUGAACCCAAAGAACAGGUUUUUGUUGAUGGGAUUGGCUAGUAAGUGACUUUUUUGUUUGAUUUUUACCCUACCCUACCCUACCCUGCCUUACCCUACCCUAUUCUACCCUACCCUAUUCUACCCUACUCUACCCUAAUUUCCUCUAAUUCUCUACUUGUUACAGUAAUCCUAACCCGGUUGGAAGAUCAUGCAAAUGCUCGGAAAGCCUAUGAUAGAGCAUUAGCCAUGGAGCCCAAUGAUUACAUAAUCAGGUUAAACUAUACGGUGUUUGAAUAUCGUCACGGUACUCCGGAAGCUGCUGCUGAAGUUUUGAGAGAUAUUGGUGCUCCACCUAAGCAUAUUGAUGCUUACACACUUGGGGUAGGUUUUGUAAAGAAAGUUCUUGAUAUGUUCUGGUUUGUAAAGAAAGUUUUCGCCAUUUCUGCUUUAUAUAAAAAGAGAUUGACCGCUUUUGACAGCAUGCAAGCUGCGGGUGACAAGUUAUACGACGGAUACAGAAAAGUCGUCAUUUUCUGUUCUGUAAAGAAAGUUCUUGCCAUUUUUCGUUUUGUAAAGAAAGUUCUUGAUAUGUUCUGGUUUGUAAAGAAAGUUUUUGCCAUUUUUUGGCUUGUAAAGAAAGUUCUUUCCAUUUCUUAGUUUGUGAAGAAAUUCUUGCCACUUUUCAGUUUGUGAAGAAAGUUCUUGCCAUUUUUUGUUUUGUAAAGAAAGUUGUUUCUAUUUCUUAGUUUGUAAAGAAAGUUCUUGCCAUUUUUUGUUUUGUAAAGAAAGUUAUUGCAACCUUAUUCAUUUUCAGGAACUAAUGUCGAUUGUGGAUAGAAUGAGGUCGAGCUUACGCAAAAUUCCUGGGAUCACUGGUUUAUAA